CGUUUAUUGAGUUAAAGUCGAGAAGUUUUAGGAGAAAACGAGCAACUGAGGUUAAAUACGACCGAGCGAGAGCAGAGAGGAAGAAGCGGAGGAAACAGUUAGUGAUUCCAUCCGAUAAUAACCCCGGAGGAAGAGGAGGAAGAGGAGGAUGAGGUCGGCCGACGGGCAGGAGGAAGGUCUGCUUGUCACUAGGAGUCAGUCAUCAGAGAUCCAGUGGAUCAAUGAACUGAUCGGGUCCUCGGCUCUGGCUGUGUUUGGAAGGAUCAAUGUCAUCGAUCUGCUAGAGAAGGCCACGCUGGCUGUGACUGUGGCCGACAGGGAGGACCACGUCCUGGCCCACGCCUCCUUCCUGGACCGGCCCGCUGCACAAGUGCUGGAUGGGGACACCUGGGAGGCAUUCCUGCAGGCACACUUCAGCGCUGACACAUGCACACCUGUCAACACUCUCUUCCUGCGUCUGUUUGCGUCUGAGCCCAGAGCGGCUGCAGCCAGUCUGAAGGAGAUACUAAGGACCGUCUUCAGCAACACACCUGAACUAGAAUACAUCCUCCUGCUCUGCCCGAGCGCCUGUGCUUUAGAGCCGGCUCUGGAGGAGGCCUUUGUGCCGCUGCAGUGUGUGACCGAGCCUGAGCCUCCGUGUUCAGCUUUCAUCUGCAGCAGAGAGGAUCACUGCAGGCGGCUGCAUGUACGCAGAGCCAGGGUGGCAGACUACGAUGACGUGAUGCUGAUCGUCAGGCAGCAGGACAGCAGCAGGCGGCAGGACGUUCUGAUAGAACUGAUAGAGAACCAGAAGUAUCACGCUGCUGUCUUUGAGGACGGAGAACGCAUCGUGGGCUUCAUCGCCGUGACGUCUGAGGUUGAUGUGGAACAUCUUCAGCAGAACUUUGACCUCAGUGAGUUUGACGGUUUCUACAAAGAGCAACAGCAGAAGGUUCCACGUGGAGAACCCCAGGACCAGCAGACCCGCCGGGCUUCCAGGAGGUCCAACUGUUUCUGCUCUCAGCACUUCCUGGCUGACCAGGACUAUCAGACCAGAUCCGCCGACUGUGUUCCUCACCUGUUCCAGCUUUUCCCUGACCUGGACUACUGCAUAGUCAUGCUUCCCUCUGCUCAGCCCGAGUUCCCCUGGUUGCAGAACUUUGUGAUGGUGCCGCUGCGACCCAGCAGCUUGCUGCUCAGCAGUCUCUACGUCCUCCACAGGUCCAGACUCAGGAGUGUGGAGGUGAGGCUGUCUGUUCCUGCAGACCGCCACGCUGUGUCUGACCUGCUCCACAGCUUGGAUCUCAGUGGCUGGGCUCUGAAGGACCUGGACUCGUUCUACAGAACCCGCUGUGACCCGGCGGGAGAGCCUCUGCAGGCCUUUGUGGUCGUGGUGGACGGUGAGCUGGUGGGGCUGCUGGUCAUCAGAGACGAGCAGGACAUCGAGUACCUUCACGCACGCUACGACGUGGACAGCUUCAUCCGUUUCAGCCGCCACGGCUACGAGGAGCACGCCCACAUUCGCCACUUCGUCCUGAAGCCUCGCUGCUACCAUGUCACCAGAUUCUGGUUCAGGGAGGUCCUGCGGCUGGCCCACAAGUCCUGCCUCUACCACCGCAUCUACUCGCCUCUGCUGGCGGACCAGACUUCCUGCAUUCACCGUCUGGAGUUCAUCCUGGACUCUUCGGUGCCGGUCCCGCCUCGGCAGCAGCUCGUCUACCCGCUGGAGGAGCUUGGCAUCAACGCCCCGUCCCGGCGGGUCACCGAGGAUCAGGCGCCGUUUGCUCUCUGCCUCAUCAGUAAGAAGCUGACCGUAGAACCGAAGGUCCGGAUCAACGCCAGCACGGUGGUGGUGGGGGCCUCAGACACGGGCCUGGCUCUGCUGGAGGAGCUGUGCUUCUGCUCUCACCUCCGGUUCAACAACCUCACCCUCAUUUCAACGCAUGGUUUCCCAAACUACGACCAUCAGCAAGUCGGAUUUCUGUCCACAAGCCACGCCUUCAGCAGCAGAGGCCUGGCCCAGACCCACCUGCUCUCCUGCAUCCGUGUGGUGGCAGCAAAGAUGGUGAGGAUCAACAGGAAGUCCAAAUACGUCCUGGUGGCUGAUGGGAAGAAGGUCCCAUACGACUACCUGAUCCUCUGCACGGGCCUUCAGUACCGGGUACCCUGUCCCACUGGUGUGGAUGUUACCCAGCCUGUCACUAACAGCCAGCUGGACCCCGAGGUGUCUGAGCGAAGAUACAAAGGGCCCGUCCCCUCCAACCUCUUCACCAUCAGUGACCUCCAUGACGGCAUGGCCGCCCGCCGCUGGCUCUGUGACAACUUUGUGGAUCUGCAGGAUAACGCCAUCGUUUACGGAAACAGCCUGGAUGUCUACAUCACCGUCCAGACGCUGCUCAGCCUUGGUAUCCGUGGAUCUCGCAUCCAUCUGAUCCUCCCUCCCUCAGAGCCCGGCGUGUCCUGCUUCCCAGAACCCUCUGUGGAGCGGGCCGUGGAGGCGGCCAUGAGGAAGGCUGAGGUCCAGGUCCACCAGAACUGCAUCCUGGCUCAGAUAAAUGAUGGAGAGCAGCCUGACCCGAUCAGCUCCGUCAUUUUCACCACCGACUCAGAGCUUCUGCGACUGAAAUGUGGAGUGUUCCUCAACCUUCACAAUAAAGGCGUGGACUACGACAGCUUCCACAGCAUCAGAACCUGCUUCCUGCCCUUCGACGGCAGACUGGUGAUAAACAGCCGCUUCCUGACCAGCGACGCCUCCAUUUACGCUGCCGGGCCCCUCACCAAGUUCUCCUGCAGAUACCACUCAGAUGAAUGGACCCACGCCAACUUCAACUCCAAGGAGGUGGGCCAGGAUCUGGCCGCCGUGCUGCUGUCCCGCCUCGAUCCCACCCAGGCGGCGCCAAAGGAUCCUCCAUCCCAGACGGAUCUUCUCAUCCCACUUUACAAACAACCCAAGAUCCAAGGAGGGACACUUCCUGGUGGACAUCACUUCCUGCAUGUGACCAAAGUGUCUCCCUCCUUCCAGACGGGUCCUCGUGUGCAGCCUGACGGCGGGGUUGUGAGCGGAGCAGCAGAGACGGGGAACUACUUCUGUAUCCACCUGAGCCAUGUGGAGCUGGUGGAGGGCCUCACCUGUCUGUCCCUGAAGCCCCUCCCCGUCUCCAACUACCUGAACCUGUUUGGGAAGCACCAGGAGCUGCUGGGCGAGCUGCUGCUCCACUGCCGGCUCGCCCUGGUCCCCGACCUGCACAGUUUCCUCAGACGGAGCAGCUGUCUGCCUGUUUUCCACGACAGGUUCCCCGACUUCCAUCAGACGGCCCUGGAGACGAUGUCCCUCAAUCAGAAGGAUGCUGAUGCUGAGGAUGAGGAGGAUGAGGAGGAAGACUCAGACGUUCUUCCUCAGGUCAGUGGCAGUGACCCAGAGAGACGCGCGGCCCUGAGGAGCAGCGCUCUGAAGUUCCUGGUGGAAAACAGAAACCUGCUGCCCAUGUUCGCCAUCCCGGAGCCAGACGCACCUUCAGAGUCUGUGUGACAGUAAUCAGGGUGACCUGCUGCUAGCUGGUAUCAUUAUAAUGCUGAAUAAAGAGCUGAGUAC